AUGCACCCAAAAUAUUACGAGCUGCAGCUCAUCGGCUUGCUCCGACCUCUCGUUAUACCAACGCAAGAACCAAUCUUCCCGCGAUGUCAAGCGUUAAAGGACCUGGGAACGGGAAAACUGGCAGAGCAGAGUCCGUGGUUCGGACGAGACAUCGAAUCCUGUCCGUUGAGGAAGGAUCUUCUGUUUAUACCCACAACGCGCUCGAUACCCCGCUCUCUCAUAUCCAUCUCGCAGGCUGAACUACGAGCCAUCGUUACCCCACUCCCCCGAAUACUUCUUACCGCUGAUUACCAGAUGCAUAUACCCAUGAUCCCCUGGCCUAAAGUCUACCUGUUGGCCCACAUUUUGACAGGAGUUCAUGGCGGUUUAAAGCUAUUUCGGGGAUCUCGGAGUGACUUUGCCUUCAAAGUCUCCAAACGUCGGUCUAUAAUGAAGUCCGAUGCUUCUUCUCUUAUUCACAAAACCAUCAUGGACUAUCAACCUAUACUUAUGCAAACGGCUAUAACAUUCCGCUGGACCGUGACGGCUGUCUCUAACCAUGGUUCUCGAACCUCCUCUGCAUGCGCGGCGGAGAAGUACGAGAAGAAACGGGCGAAGAUUCUAGGAGACGGGACCAUUGAGUUUGAAGCAGCUUUGUUUGUUUUCACAGAUACGAUGUCUUUGCGGAUCUGUAGAAGACCCGGAGCGGCCGAGACGAUUAUGUAUGAAAGAUCUCGUAUACACACUGAGAUUCAUCACCUGUCUAAUAUUCUGGAUACUUUUGAGCUCGAGGCGUUACGCGCGAGGUCGCUAGAUGGCACCAGCGAUCCCCUUUCAUGGACUCCAUAUCUCCGUGUCGACAGAGAUUGUAAAAACCUCGAGAGCCACGCAGAGGCCUGCGAAAACGCUCCCUACCCUUGGAAUCCGCCUUUACAAUGGACUUACCUAUCACGUGCAGAACCACAUGACAAGAACCCGAAACGCCCAUGCCGUCCAGACCUGCCCGGAGCUCCCUCUUUCAAGGGCAACUUCCAUAUGCUCAACCCUGCUCGGGAUUUCGCUUCCUCGGAUCGUCACAAAUUAUUGUAUAGCGCAUAG